UAAUUUCCGCUCCAAUCCAAAAUAAACGUCCCUUCAAAUUUUCGUUCCUUCAAUUCCACUUCGUUUUCAAGUUCAUUUCUUUCAAAUUUCCAUUUGAAAUCGAGAGCAAACAAAAACGAAAAUCCUAAACCCAAAUUUCCCUCAUCUUCCAGGAAAAAGCUCGCAUCACCGACCUGGAUUGGAUUCAAGUUCUUUUUUUUUUCUUUUAAAUUUCUUGACGCGUCUGUGCGUUUAAGUUGCGGACUACAAGUUUGAAUCGAAGACUCGAUUUUUUGCAAAACCCAGAAUUCAAGUUUCUUUUUUUCGUAAAACCCAGAAUUCAAAUUUUCGUUUCUUGGUUUCGUCUCUGCGAUUGGGAAGCGGUUUGCUUGCCGGGAAAUUCUAGGUUUUGGUUUUUUUUUUACCAAAUUGGGGAUGAGGAGGGCCAAAUUGGACAGAUUGGAGACCUCCUUCUCCCUCAACAGGAAAAGAUUGAUUCAGAUUCUGAUCGCUGUCGGACUUCUGUAUCUACUUUUAGUCACGUUUGAAAUUCCCUUCGUGUUCAAAACCAGUACAGUCUCGCCGGACUCAUUAUCUCGACCCAAAAGGCUAAAUAGCAAGGAAGACGUGGAGGAAAAGGAUGCCCCAAGUCGCCCUGUUGAGCAAGUUUCGCUGAACUCGUACCAGCCGACUCAGAGUCGGCCACCCAGAGAAUUCGAUUUCGUUUCGGGUUUAGUAUUUGACCCGAAAACUUUUGAUUCGGAGCUUUAUAAGCCGGCGAAGGUUGCUUGGGAGGUGGGGAGGAAGUUCUGGGAGGAGGUGAUGUCUGGGAAGGUGCAGAUUGAUGCUGAAAAGGUGGGGAACCGAUCGGAGGCGUGCAAGCAUUCAAUUUCGUUAUCUGGGUCAGAGUUUUCAGCACAGGGGAGGGUGAUGGUGCUGCCGUGUGGGCUGACAUUGGGUUCGCACAUAACGCUGGUGGGGAGGCCGAGGGCGGUGCACCAGGAAUUUCAGCCCAAGAUUGCCCUGGUGAGGGACGGUGAGUCGUCGAUGGUAUCGCAGUUUAAGGUGGAGUUGCUGGGAUUGAAGACUGUGGAGGGUGAGGAGCCACCGAGGCUUUUGCAUUUCAAUCCAAGGUUGAGGGGGGAUUGGAGUGGAAGGCCUGUGAUUGAACUCAACACUUGUUACAGGAUGCAAUGGGGCUCGGCGCUUCGAUGCGAGGGCUGGAAAUCUAAGGCUGAUGAAGAAACUGUUGAUGGUCAGGUGAAGUGCGAGAAAUGGAUUCGUGAUGACGAUAGUCGCUCAGUGGAGACCAAGGCAACAUGGUGGUUGAGCAGGUUAGUAGGCAGAACUAAAAAGGUGCCUGUCGACUGGCCAUACCCUUUUGCAGAGAAGAAAUUGUUUGUUUUAACUCUUACUGCUGGCUUGGAGGGUUAUCAUGUUAAUGUUGACGGGAGGCAUGUCACCUCUUUUCCUUAUCAUAUGGGAUUUUCUCUUGAGGAUGCCACCGGGCUGUCUCUGAGUGGGGAUGUUAAUGUGCAAUCGGUAUUUGCUGCUUCUUUGCCCUCAUCCCAUCCUAGUUUUGCUCCAGAGAAGCAUCUUGAGAUGUCAACCAAAUGGCAGGCCCCGCCUCUCCCUGAUGGAGGUGUUGAACUCUUCAUUGGUAUCCUUUCUGCAGGCAACCAUUUUGCCGAGAGGAUGGCAGUAAGGAAGUCUUGGAUGCAGCACAAUCUUAUCAGAUCGUCAAAAGUGGUAGCACGUUUCUUUGUAGCAUUGCAUGCUAAAAAGGAAGUGAAUGUUGAGCUGAAGAAAGAAGCAGAGUUUUUUGGUGAUAUUGUUAUAGUGCCUUACAUGGAUAACUAUGACUUGGUCGUAUUGAAAACUGUUGCCAUCUGCGAAUAUGGGGCUCGUAGGAUGGCUGCUAAGUACAUUAUGAAGUGCGAUGAUGACACAUUUAUUAGAGUGGAUGCCGUUAUCAAAGAGGCGUAUAAAGUACCAGAGGGAAAGAGCUUGUAUGUGGGGAACAUAAAUUACUUCCAUAAGCCUCUGCGCUAUGGUAAAUGGGCUGUGACAUAUGAGGAGUGGCCAGAAGAAGACUAUCCACCCUAUGCAAACGGGCCAGGUUACAUCUUGUCAUCUGACAUUGCAAACUUCGUAGUAUCCGAGUUCGAAAGUCGUAAAUUAAGGUUGUUUAAGAUGGAAGAUGUGAGCAUGGGAAUGUGGGUUGAGAAAUUCAACAGCGCAAAACCAGUCGAGUACGUGCACAGCUUCAAGUUCUGCCAAUUCGGGUGCGUCGAAGACUAUUACACCGCCCAUUACCAGUCUCCGAGACAGAUGAUCUGCAUGUGGGACAAAUUGAAACGGCUCGGACGGCCUCAGUGCUGCAGCAUGAGAUAGUAUUUGUGGUAUUUCAUGACCCCAUCUCUAGAAUCUAGGACAUGGAAGUUUUUUUUGCAGUUAUAGCACCAGAUGAUCUGGUCCCUGUACAUACAGAAAUUGCCGGUAUAAAUAGGAAUUGCGUUUCCAUAUUCUUAUU